AACUAAGUCCGCCGCGGCCGUUUUUAUUUUUAUUUUUUAAUUAUACCUGACAGACACCGCACUUUGUGUUCUUCGCGCAACGAAAACAAACAAGCACUCGCGCCGCAAGUAUAUAUAUCGCGAAAAAUCCGAAACCAGAAACGCUGUGAACCAAUUUCGCCUGUGAAGUUUGUGCUGCGGGCGACGCCACGAUUUUUUUGUUUGUUUGUUUGCUGGCCAACUUACGUGAUACGGGCGGAGGUGAAAACUAUAUUCGUUUUCCCAUUCUGUUUUCCAUUUUCCACUGUUUGAUUGUUUACUGGCCGCAAAGAGAGCGGAAAAUGACCGAAAGAGAGGAAAAGUGAAAAUCUGUGUGGUGUGUCUUCGGCGACGAAGCGAGACGAGGAAGGGGAACGAGACCGAGAUCGCGACAAGGCGAGAACCAGAAACCCUGAGAAGCAGCUUUGCCAUCACCAUAAGAUGCUACUGCCACCCCUCCUGCUCCUUCCCCUCCUCCUGGCGGCUACUGUGGCCAGUGGGGAGGAUGCCGCCCGCCCGCCGCCACCGCCCCGGGUGAAGCUCAACAAAUGCUGCCACACGGGCGAAUUCCUCAAUGAGACGACGCGAGCUUGCAGCGCCGGCAGCUCGGAGCUGUGGGUACCUAUGGUGUAUCUGGUGCAGCAGCAGCGCUUCUUCGAUCCGCCCGGCGGCAGCCCGCGUUUCAUGAAGUUCCUGCCGAACAGCCGUCCCGCCUGCCCGGAGCGGCGUCAGGAGCUCUUCCGCAGCCGCAACGGCAACGUGAUGCUCUUUCCUAAUGGGAGCUUGUAUGUUCGGGAGCGUGCCCUGUUUGUGGAUCCGGCUCAGUAUUGUGUGGACCUGGAGGUGGCGCUCGUCUGUCUUGGCCAGGACAACGAGCAGACUCCUGAUGCUCUGGAGCAGCCUGGCGUGGGCAUGGUUGCUGCUGCUGCCACUGCAGCUCUUCCCGAUCUCCGGCUGCGCAAGUGUUGCGGCAAAUUCGGCAGCUACGAUACCCAACUGAAGAACUGCAACCUCCAGCCCGGGCUUAAGAUGGACGGGCAACUCCGGCUGGCCCCACUACUGCCGCUGGGCAGCUACAGGACCACCUACGGACUGCCAGAGUGCUCGGAGCACGGCGGCGGCGUUGGCGGCUACGCCAUCGCCGGCGACUGGCACGAAGCGAAGCUGGACCGCUCCAGCGGAAGCCUCAGACUGCCACACACCAAUCUCAGCGUCGAGCAGUACUGCCUGGAGCACACGCAGCGCGAGGGCGAGGUGAAAAUUAUCGCCUGCCAGCAUCUCUUUAGCCACGAGGACGGGAGCCGGGAGUCUGGAUCUCACGAUUCACUGGGUGAGGACAAUCUGCAGAAAGCCGUGCUAACCGGCGGCAUCCUCGUGUCCAUUGUCUUCCUGGCCGCCACUCUGGUGGCCGGAUUCAUGCUGCCGGCAGUGCAUCAUGCACUGCAUUGGCGCUGCCAAAUAUGCUACGUCUUCUGCCUGCUGGUGGGCAAGGUACUGCUGGCCAUCGAGGAGCUGAGCUCCGACCUUCAGACGCGUCCCAUGGCCUGCCUGGUGGUGGCCAUUGGCAUGCAGUUCUUCUUCCUGGCCGCUUUCUUUUGGCUAAACACGAUGUGCUUCAAUAUCUGGUGGACGUUCAGGGAUUUACGGCCCACCUUGCUGGAGCGUAACCAGGAGGCGCUACGCCUCUGCCUGUACUCGCUGUACGCCUUCGGGGGACCGCUGCUCAUCACCUUUGUGGCUGCCUGCGUUGACCAGAUGACGGAGACAACGCUACUGCGACCGGGAUUCGGGCAGCUUUACUGCUGGUUUGACAACCGGAAUCUCUCCAUUUUCGCCUACUUCUAUGGCCCAAUUGGCCUGCUUCUGUGCGCGAAUAUCGCCCUGUUUGUAUCCACCACGCAUCAGUUGACCUGUGGCCUCUGGAAACGAGAUGACGCCAAGACAUCCACGGAGAAGUCUGCAUUGGGACGCGUAUGCCUGAAGCUGGUGGUCGUCAUGGGUCUCACCUGGAUUGCGGAGAUCCUGUCGUGGGUGGUGGGAGGACCGCAUGGCGCCUGGUUCUUUACAGAUCUAAUCAACGCCCUGCAGGGCGUGUUCAUCUUUAUUGUGGUGGGCUGCCAGCCGCAGGUGUACACCGCCUGCCGAAGGAUCUGCUGUCCGCGGCUGCGCCACGACAUCACCAACACCACCAAUGGCGUUCAGCAUUCGAGCAGCUCCCAAGGACUACCCUGCUCGAUGGCAGGCGGCGGCACAGAGGUCACACAAAACACCAGCAUGCAGUGCACCAUUGUGCCCAGCAGUCCCGGUGCGGACAGUGGCCUGGCGGAGGAUUUGCCACCAUCACUGCCGGAGACGGUUUCCCCUCUACCCGUCGUUCCAGCCAAAAUGGAGACUGUUUGCUAAACAAUGCAUAAAACUGAGACGAGCGACAAUGCGAAAGUGAGCCCGGAACCCUCCUAAAUUCCCCCCCGUCCCGGAACCCGUCCAAUCCACGUACCUCCCUUACUCCCGAGCGCACGAAAAUAAUGGCAAUAUGGAGGACUGGACAACAAAAGCCGCAAAAGCCGGAGUUUUUUUGAGACAAGUUGAGGGCAGCAGCGCCGCACACUUGCGCAAUAGCAACAAAGGCAAGCAGCAGCAGCAUUCAAGCACGCGCACUGACCAGCUAAUUGUGUGCGUAUGUGUGUGUGAGUAAGCGUGAUUUUGAAAUCGGCCAACAACCGCUGCUUUGGAACAAAAGUACUUGCGCAUACUGGUAUUCAGCUUCAAUUUAAGCCUCGGCACAAAAGACGCGUAUUUUAUGCAUCGCAGUAAACACAGAAAAGAAGCAGUAAAGCAGUUCAUACACAAAGGCGGCGGAAUAACGGUAGAGGAGAGCAAGAGCAGCAGCAGAAUUAACACGUUCUAAUUGGACAGUCGGUCAGAGUUGCGAAAUGGCUGCCUGGCAAUGGCCAAACAGGAAUUCACUCACUAUGGACACAAAACAAAGCAGAACUAUUGUUACUACUCUUUCUCGCUCUCUUUUAUCCAAAACAGCAGCAGCAUAGCAGCUGCAGUUUGCAUGUAUUUGUGUGUGUGUGAGGCAACCACAAGGAAUUUAUUGUUGAGGCACUUUAGUUGUUUUUGCUGCUGUUUAGCUGCUUAGCCUGCUUAGCCUGCUUAGCUUUUUGUAGCCUCCAAUCUCGAAUCUCAAGUGUGAGAAAAACAGCAGCAGCCAUAAGCAGAACAAACAAACACAUGCAAAUGAUGUGGAUGUUUAACAUUUAAAUUAGUUGGAAUCUGAUUUCGAUUUUCGAUUCCCGAUUCUCUCCCAUUGACAACUGCUUGCUUGCAUUCUAUUUAGACACACACACACACAACUCUAACUCUAUGUGUGUGACAUUUCGAUUGCCUAAUCGUUUUUGUUUCUAUCUUUCUCUCUUUUUUAUGAUCUUCUGAGUGGAUUUUUGUUUUUUGGAACUAUUUUAAUGUGUGUGCUUGUGCUGGGGAAUCUUUUUCAAUUUAAACACAAUUUCUUGUGUUUUUUACCGUUUGUUUUUGUAAACAAUCGGAAUUUAUAUACUGGAAGGCAUAAACACACAGAAAUGUGUGUAUUUCUUUUAUAUUUCACCAGAAAGGGCGCCCGAUUUAAAAAAAAAAGUUAAUUGUAAACACACGCGGAAACAAUCAAAUUGAUCAUGGAAAGUUCAACAAUACUGAUCGAUCCAUCAAGGUUAAAUGUUAAAAAGCAGCCAAAAAGAAAAAGGAGUGAGAAAGAGUGAGAGACAAAAAUUAAGUGAAAAAGGAAAGCGCGCUUAAUUCAACAGCGAAUGAAGCAACAACAAAAGCACGCUUACUCACACACAUGACGUGCACAGGACACCUUUACGAGUGCAAGGGCGCCAAAUUCAAACUGUAUUCACAAAAAACCCCACCUUUUUCCUGUACCUUUUUUCAUCAUAACCCCCGUCGUGUAUUGAAUGUUUUUUUAGUUAUUGAAAACGCAGAAACUACUAUGCAGUACAAUUAUCAUUUCUCAUUAAUAUUAUUCAUUCGAAACCAAGUUAGUUUUUUUUUAUAUUUAUAUUUGUUUUGUAACUAAAAGUAAUAUUAAUUUAUUGAGACGUAGCACUUGAUGUAAGCGAGUGCAACGCACAUUGUAUUAUUUAGUGGAACUUCCAAAGUGGUCAGGCCAAAAGUAACUAUCCCCAUAAAUCUAUGUUUAAUUGUAAAUAAUUAAUAACGAAUUAACGAAGAAAUAUGCUCUUAUUUGUAAUGCAAAAAGCAACGAAUCGAAUAUGAAAUUAUAUCGAAUGACUGAAUUCAAAGGCAGCGAAUACUUUACACUUGCACAUAGAUCAUAUUUUUGAUACUAAAACCAUUACUGACUUUUGUACAUAAGAACCAGCGUAUUUGUAUUUGUAUUGGAUAAAAUAUUUUAUAUAUAUACACACUUUUAUACUGUAACCCAAACAUCGAAUGAUUAUAUUAUAUAUAGUGUAAGUUUUAGCUUGUAGAUCGAUGCUAAGUCUUUACCAUAUAGAGCCAAACUCUGUUGUGUUAACUAAGAACUAAAAACUGAAAACUAACUACUAAAACAUGAACAAGGUCCUCUCGGCCACUUAGUCAGCCCACAGAAAGCGAAUUUCAAGCGAUUUUCCGUCAAGAAGCAAGAGUAUUUUAACGAUAAUUACCAUAUAAUGUAUGGGGCAUUGGCAUUCAUAAGGAAUAUAUCAAUAAUUCGCUUUCGGAGGCGUGCGCUCCCCAUUCCCCCUCGCAGUUAAUUUAUGGCAUGGCCCAGAAGCGAGAGGGAACAUUUUUAUAGAUAAACAUGCGGAACAAAAUUGUCUGAAAUGGCAAUUAAAUGAAACCGAAACUGAAAACUGAACUGAAAAAGAUCGGCAGAACUUGGCAUGAAUGUGCAGCUACAACCAUACAUAUAGAUAUAUAUAUAGAGCAAUAUUGAAUAGAUAUAUACAUAAUAACACACCCGCAAUAGUAUACACAAGGUCCGAAUGAUGAUGGCAAUUGUCAUUGGGCAAAUACAAGCAAAGCCAGCAACCACUAAACUAUUUAUAUUUAACGAACAAUAAAGCUUUUUGGCAAAUACAAUAUCAAUGAAA